AUGUUUCCAGUAGAGAAGAAAAAGGGAGAAAUUAUAAUUGAACAAGGUGAAGAAGGAGAUAAUUUUUAUGUAAUCGAAAGUGGAGAAGUUGAUUGUUUCGUUAAUGGGGAAUUUGUUCUCUCAGUUAAGGAAGGGGGUUCUUUUGGUGAACUUGCCUUAAUUUAUGGAACUCCACGUGCUGCUACUGUUGUAGCUAAGACCCCAACAGUCAAACUUUGGGCUAUUGACCGACUCACCUAUAGAGCUAUUUUAAUGGGAUCUACAAUGCGCAAAAGAAAAAUGUAUGAUGAAUUUUUGUCAAAAGUUUCAAUUCUUGCCGAUCUUGAUAAGUGGGAACGUGCAAAUGUUGCUGAUGCUUUGGAACAAUGCCAAUUCGAACCUGGAACUAGAAUUGUUGAACAAGGUCAACCCGGAGAUGAAUUCUUUAUAAUUGUUGAGGGAGAAGCCGAGGUGCUACAACGGCCAAAUGAUGAUGCCCCAUAUGAAGUUGUUGGCAAAUUGGGUCCUUCUGAUUAUUUUGGCGAAAUUGCUCUUUUAUUGGAUCAUCCACGUGCAGCAACCGUUGUGGCUAAAGGGCCCCUUAAAUGUGUAAAAUUGGAUAGAGCUCGAUUCGAGCGUGUUAUGGGCCCGGUGCGUGAAAUUCUCAAACGUGAUGUUAGCCAUUACAAUUCAUAUGUGAAGGUGAUUUUUAAUUCUUUUUAA